UAUAUAUUAAAAAAUAAAAUGUUUAAAAAGUUUUGUUUUGAUGAGCUUUUUAAAUUAAACUAGGAAAACCAGUCAACAUCUCAAAUUUGUUUGUGAUCUUUAUUUCUAAGUAAACGUUAACAUGAAUCGCUCAGACUCUAUCCGACGAGAUCGCUCUUUCGACAGCGUACUCAACAAGUUUAUGCGGAUGCGAUCUCAGAAUAAUGAAAGCUUCAGAGCGGCAAUGUACAAUUUCUUAAUCGCGGCUGGAGUAUGUGCGCUCGUUGCUGUGUGUUUCAUACUUGGCCCUUUCGUCAGACCCUUGUUAUGGGCGUUUUUAAUGGGCGCUGUACUUUUUCCUUUCAAAAAGAAGCUGGCCGAUUUACUUAAUAGUUGGUUUGAACGUUUAGAAGCGCAAGAUUCAAACGUUUUUGUCUCAAUAUGCUUGGGACCAAUGGAAGCUACAGAACAUUGUGGACGAUUGUUGGUUGAUUGGUUUCGUGAGCAUUGGCAGCUUAUAACCGCUGGAUUCGGUAUAGCUGCUAGCGUUAAAUUGUUGAUUGCGUAUGCACCUAAAGGUUUUCUGUGUGCAGUAUGGAAAUUAAUUGUAUUUUCACAUACAACCUUCGUAGAUUUAAUCAGUUAUCUUAACAUUUAUUUGUUAAUUGUUAUUGUAUCUAUUUAUUUGACGUCAGUUUACUUUUUAUGGAAACCAGAACUAAGUUCCCGUUUUGCUAUUUUUGGACAAUUGCUUUGGGUGGCCAUUGUCACUUAUGCAUGCAGCUUCUUAGGAGCAUUUCAAGUACCUGUAUUAAUUGUAAUAAUGAUUUAUGUAAUUGUUUCUAUUGGUUAUCAUCUACAAAUGAACGAGGAUUCGAGCACAUUAGUGCAAAAAUUAAAAAAACUGUUAAACAAAAACGAUUUCGAGAAAUCCAUGGCAAUUAUAGCAGAGAAAAAGCAAAGCUUGCAUUCUGACAUUGAAGAUAUAUCAUUAAGCGAGACAAUGGAUUCUGUAGAAACAAUCGAACCUAGCAUAGUUAAUAAUGAACCAAAUAUAAGCGAUAAUUACUUUAAGUUUCUCUUCUAUGCAUGUAUUACAACAUUUUUAUAUCGUAACGCAUGGAUGUGUAUAUUGGCAGCAAUUCCAAUUUCAUUGCAUCUACUCAACACCUUAGGAGAUAUAACUGGCUUAAAGGGAUUUAUUUACAGUAAACUCAAUGAUUUUUAUAAUAAUAUUAAGUCUUGGACAAUUGAACAUCACUCCGCAAUUUUGCCAUUGUGUUUACCAGGCAUUUUGGAAUUAAAUUACAAAAUCAAUGGCAUUGUCAGAAAUUCGCUGAAAUCUUCUGUUGAUUUGGUUACGUCAGUUUUAAUGAUCAUACUUAUGUUACUCAUUAUUGUCUUUUUAAGUGUAUUCUUUUGCGUUAACAUAUAUUCAGAAACUAUUGAAGUUGCAUAUAUGGGAAAAGAUCUCAUUAAUAAAACUAUUACCAACCGACCGGAAUUAGUGGAUAUAUUACCAGCUAAUAUACAAUCCUCACUAGAUGAUGCAUUAGAUAAUGCACAUCACUAUGGACGAAGAAAAAUAGAAGCAUAUAUAAAUGAUUGGUUAGCUGAAGCUGAUCCAGUGCAUGCAACGAAAUUAAGAGACCAAAUCUUAGAUGUUUGGGAUCGUUUGAUACAAUAUUGGAUUGAUUUCAAUAAAUCCGAUACAAGUUAUGGACCACGUGUGCCGACAGAAGCACUAAAAAGUACUUUUGGUGAAAUUGUUGAUAAUCCUGGACAUUUUAAAGAGCUAGUUUUAGUGGCGAAACAGGGUAUCAUCGGCUGGGCGCAGAGUAACACACAAACAAUAUUGGAAGUAGCAGAAUCACUAUGGCAUAUAAUACGUACAAACCUUUCAAUGAUUAUGUCCUUUACGGGUGAUAUACUUUCAUUACUGUUAUCUGGUGGACAAGCAUGUAUUGAAUUUAUACUUGAUAUGAUCGUUUUCUUUACUGCUCUAUUCUAUUUAUUGGCUAGUAGCAAUGUUCAAUAUGCACCUUUGCAGAUAACAAAGUAUCUUGGAUUUUCAUCUUCGGGCACAAAAAUUGCUGAUGCUUUGGAUAAUUCAAUUUCUGGAGUUUUAAUUUCUUUAUUUAAAUGCUCUAUUUUCACGUGUCUUUUUACUUGGUUUAUGCAUACCAUAUGUGGUGCACGUAUUGUAUUUUUACCGGCAGCAUUAGCCGCUGUUCUUUCUGCUGCACCAUUUUUGGGUAGUUACUGGUGUGCACUGCCUGCGUUCUUGGAAUUAUGGCUAGCACAGGAUCGAUUUUAUGCAGGCAUUUUCUUAUUUUUAAUGCAAUUUUUUGUGCCACCUUAUUUUGAAGCAGCAAUAUAUUCAGAAAUGAAAGGUGGCGGUCAUCCUUAUCUAACUGGUUUAGCUAUAGCUGGUGGCAUGUACUGGUUUGGCUGGCAAGGCGCGAUAUUUGGACCACUUAUGCUGUGUUUCUUUAUUGGCAUGGUUGAAAUUGCUGCUGUUGCAAUGCGCUCCAAUGAUGAUACAAGACGUAGUUCAGAUGAAGAUACACGCACGACCAAUACCGAAGUAGUCGAUGUAAUCGCCGACCUGGUCUCAAGCAGCAUGAAUGCAAAAAUGGGAACUACAAAAAAAUUAAAUAUAGAAAUUACGAAUAGUGAUUCACAAGAUCACAAUGCAAAUCCGUUACUUAAUCGUUAUCAUGAAGAUAUUAAGGUUUCCAAUAAAAAUGAUUUAUCAACGAAACCAAAACCAUCUGUGGGUGGAGAAAAACUUGUAAAUAAAUUAUUACCAAAGCAUAAUAAACAAAUAAAUAUUUCGGAUAAAGUUGAUGUGCCAAAAGAUUCAAUACCUAUUGUAGAGGAACCUAAAGUUGUGAACAAAUUAUUGCCAAAUUAUGUUGACCAAGAAAAUAUUCCGGACAGUGUUGAUCUACCAACAGAAUCAAAAACUACUAUAGAUAAUGUAAAAUUUAUUCCUCAAACAAAUACUAUAAGUUCUACCGUACCUUCGGAAAGAGUUGAACUUAAGAUUAUAUCAAAAAUUAUAGUGCCACAAAGUGAUCAAAUUAAUUAUUGAUUUAUCUGUA